GGCAGCCCGCUCCCCCGCGCCGUGCCCGGGCCCUGCGGCGGCGGAACGCAGCGGCGGGCGCAGGUUGCGGAGGGCCGGUUUGAGGAGGGCACAGCACGGCGCGGCGGGCGGCGGCGGCGGGGAGCCGGGUUGCCGGCAUGAGGGAGCUGGCGCCCGGGCCGAAGAUGGAGUGCGACAUCUUGGACGCGCUGGAGGCCUUGGGGUACACGGGUCCCCUGUUGGAGGAGGAAGCCCUGAACAAAGCGGCAGAAAAUGGGUUGUCUUCACCAGAAUUUUUUGAGCUUUGCGUUUGGUUAGGUUCCCAAAUAAAGUCACUUUGUAAUAUGGAAGAAAGCAUCACUUCAGCAGAUGGUGAUAAAGAUAUAGAGAGCUUCCAGCUUGAGAUUAGUGGCUUUCUGAGAGAAAUGGCUUGUCCAUAUUCAUCACUUAUAUCUGGAGACAUCAAGGACAGAUUAAGAGAGAAAGAAGAUUGUCUUAAACUCCUCUUAUUUCUAAGUACAGAACUUCAGGCUUUAAAGAUUUUGCACAGCAAGAAAAUUAAAGGCUGUCAUUUGGAAAAGCACAAUGAAGUUUAUCAGGAAGUGCAAGCUAUUUGCGAUGCUCUGGGCCUGCCAAACUCCUCGUCUUCUGAUAUUCCUCUCUUGUUAACCAAUGCGGAACAAAAGAUAAAGGACGUUCUCUCAAAAGUUCAAAAUAACCAUGUGGGGAAAUCGCUGCUAACAAAACCUCUGAAUUCUGACCAAGUGGAAAGAUUGGAAAAAAUCAAUGAUGCUCUUCGCAGUGAGUAUGAAUGUCGCCGUCGUAUGUUAAUGAAGAGGCUAGAUGUGACAGUACAGUCGUUUGGCUGGUCUGAUAGAGCAAAGGUAAAAACAGAUGACAUAGCACGAAUCUAUCAGCCCAAGCGCUAUGCAUUAUCUCCGAAGUCAACUAUUACCUUAGCUCACCUUCUUGCUGCUCGAGAAGAUUUAUCGAAGAUCAUAAGAACAAGUAGUGGAUCAACACGAGAAAAUACAGUCUGUGCAAUCAACAAGGUUCUGAUGGGGAGAGUACCUGACCGUGGAGGCAGACCAACAGAGAUAGAACCACCUCCUCCCGAAAUGCCUCCUUGGCAAAAAAGACAAGAAGGUGGUGGAAGAGGUGGCUGGGGAGGUGGUGGUGGUGGUGGUGGAAGGGGCAACUGGGGGGGUGGAGGGGGUAGAGGAGGAGGAGGAGGUGGUGGUUUUGGAGGUGGGGGUUUCAGAGGUGGUGGAAGAGGUGGAGGUGGCUUCCAGGGUGGAGGUGGCUUCCAGGGUGGAGGUGGCUUCCAGGGUGGCAGGGGAGGUUAUGGUGGCAGGGGAGGUUAUGGUGAUCCAUAUGGUGGAAGAGGAGGGGGAGGAUACCGAAGAUACUAAAAUACUGUAAAUAUUAACAGAGUAACUGGCAAAAUAUAGUGGUGGUGUUUACUGGUAUCAGGAAUUUAUCUAUGUUAAAUUGGGUUUAGGUUAGACUUAAGUAUGAUCAUAUGAAUCAUUGCAUUAGACCAACUGAUGUUGUCAUUGAAUUCCUUUAGUUAACUGAACAAAACUUUUAUACUAAAAUGUGAUGACUGAAGUCCUUGUUUUUCGUACUGCUCAUAUGGUGUUCUUUAAUAUGUCACUUUAUUUAAAAUAAGCCUCAGAAAACUGAAUAAAACCCUUUCUAAACAAACAACAAAUAUUAUUUAAUGUUCAGGCCUCUCUAAUUAUUGCUUGUUGCAUGUCCACUCUCCUGCUCCAAAAUGCUGUGUAGAAAAAACGAAAUAGGCCUGAGAACCAUAUGGAAGCACUUUUAAAAGACUCUAGAAUGCUGCUUUCAGGCUUUUUCUCUUCAUCUGGUUUUCAUGUGGGACGUGUAAACGAAUUUUAAUGUCAAAUGUGAAGAUCCUUAAGGCUUUGGUCAAAAUUAUUCAAUUAAGUUUCUUACUCUUCCAGAACUUCACAUAAAAGUAACAUUCUGAAUUAAUAUUUUACAGAAACUAAUAAAAUCAGGUUGGUUUGUAUGUUCAUAAGUAUACCAGAGACUAUUUUAUGGUCAGAGUGUGUACCGUAAACUCAGAGUCAUGGUGAGUUUUGAUAGUAUCUAUUUUCAUUUUACCUGUUCUCCCUUUUAUUGGUGUUUCAUAGAAAUAUUUUAAGAUCAGAUUGGGCAGGAAACUUCUGCAGCCAUCAUGUCUGGAAAGAGCUCGUUUAUAUAUUCCUUCUGAAUGAGCCUUGAGACAUAUAGGUUGAAUAAGCUGAUCUUCUCGAGAAAGAACAUACUGUUUCUGGUUUGUUUGGUUUUUUUCUCCCCCACCUGCUCUCUGUUUGGGAAUCACCAACUGCCCAGCUCAUAAGACACCUCACACAGCAGUUGUCCUUCCUCAGUUACUUCUCUCUCUCUUACUCUGCCAACCAAUUGGUCUGAUAACUUAAAAGAAACUCUGUCUUGAUAUGGUAUGUUGGUGCCUUCUUCACAGACAGCGUUACUCUAGAAGGACUUAGCUUUCCUACAAUUGUUGCUGUAAAUACACGUAGACAAGAAUUAAAUGGGGUUGUUCAGCCUGGAGAAGAGAAGGCUCUGAGGAGACCUUAUAGCAGCCUUCCAGUACCUAAAGGGGGCCUACAGGAAGGAUGGGCAGGGACUGUUUAUCAGGGAUUGUAAUGACAGGACACGGGGUAACGGCCUCAAACUGAAAGAGGGGAGAUUUAAAUUGGGUAUCAGGACGAAAUUCUUUACUGUGGGGGUGGUGAGGCACUGGAACAGGUUGCCCAGGGAGGUUGUGGAUGCCCCAUCCCUGGAAGUGUUCAAGGCCAGGCUGGAUGGGGCUUUGAGCAGCCUGGUCUAGUGGGAGGUGUCCCUGCCCAGGGCAGGGGGGUUGGAACUAGAUGAUCUUUAAGGUCCCUUCCAACCCAAACCAUUCUGUGAUUCUGUGUAAUUCUGUAAAUUUAGGGCUGUCAGUUAAAGAAGACAGUUUCUGUCGUCCAGCAUGUUUUAGAUCUCCUCCCCUGCUGUGAGGCCACUCGUGAGUACAGAGGUGGAACAGAUGAUGCCCAAAUAUAUACUCAAUACAGUAUUUAUCAGGGUCAGGUUACUACAGAUUCGGGAAGGCAUCUGAUAAACCUGGGGGUGUCUGUUGAUUGCAUAGCACAGAAACCAUGCAGCACUUUGAGUAUGUAGCCGUAGGCUUAACUGCAGGUUGAACUGUAGGAUUUGAUUUUGUUUUUAUGUUCCACAGUUACGAGUUCUUUUCUGCACAAAUUUCCUAUUGGUGUCCGUAUUUGGUAUGCUUUAAAGAUGUUAUUUUAUCUUCAGGAACACAUGCAGUGUGUCCUGUUUAAUAGGCAGCUUUAUGCGUGAAUGUAAAGCUCUGUUCAAAAUCAAAUGAUUAUGUCAUUCAGAAGCCUGUGUCAGAUUUUAUUAAUUAGCAAUCACCAACCUUUUCAUUUGAAAUUUUAAUCCAGAUAAACUUUGGAAGUUUCUCUCCAGUAAUUUCCUCUCUGAUCAUCCUCUGCUUGCGAAUGCUACUUGUGUUGUGACAGAUAUGGCCUUACCUAUACUUCAGGGUCCCAGCAGCUGCCUAAUAAAAAAGGGCAGGAGUUUUCCUUGCUUGGAUGUGAACUCUUGAACUAAUGGUUUAACUUCACCCAACCGUUAGCAAUAUAGUUCUUCUGCCAACUAUUUUCUCCAGUCCUUUCUGGCCUAAGCUGUUGUCAGCCUCUGCAGUCAUUAUGGAGAGACCCUCAUGGAGCGUAGUACUGGUGUUCUUGCUUUUGAGCUUGGUUUUCACCUCAUGCUCUGGAAUAGCUCAUAAAAUUGAUGACGUACCAAAUGAGACUGCUGGCCUUGGAGGUGAAGCGUCAGUCAACAAAGGAAUAGAGAGAACACUUUUUAGCAACCAAAGCCUUAAUAGAAAAUUCUGUUUGCUCAUCCCAAUGUUAUUUUUUGCUACAAGUAAUUUCUGAACAGCAGUCAAGCAGUUAGUUAGCUUCACCAAGGAGAUAUGCUAGGAAAAUCAAAUGGCUUUAGCUACGCAUAAAGAUUUCAUCGGUCUUAAGACGCGAAGUUGCACUGAUUUAGUUGAACUGUUGUAACUGUGGCUGUGCCUUGGUGCUUUUACACUCAUCAGGGCAGGAGAGCUCGGAAUGAAGUAAACCAUCAAGUGAACCAGCUACAUGGCCACAUACAAUAGCUAAAUUAUUUCACUAUCAUAUUUCAAUUAUCUUCAUGUAGAUCAUGUAACAGAUGAUGAAAAUUUAAAUAAGUUGGAGAUUUUGGUUUUUAAUCUGGCUGUUUCAGUUUUUCUUAAAUAAUUCCAAAAUGUGAAGCCAGUAGUUGAAAACUAAAGCAAGCACCACCACAUUUCGUAGAGGUAUCUUUUAGUCCUCUGUUAUCAGAAUGUAUGCUUUUAAUUUAUCAAAAGAUGCAAUAAUACCAUGAAAAUAAUUGAGUUAAACUUCUCAAAUUUUGUAUGUUUGUCUUGGAAAAAGAAGUAUUUUCAAAGACUCUGUUUUAAGUAAGUAGAAGAUUUUUCAUAUAUGUAUUUGUGAGCAUUUUUGUGUUUAUUCACACUUGGUGAAUAUCUACCUGAAUAUUGUUUUGUUGGAUCAAGAAUUGAAAAAUAGGUUGGGAUUUUCUCAGGAUGUGAGAGAGACACUUUUGUUAACAGCUGUAAACACUAAGGAAUAAAAUACUGUAUUUGAA